AUGUCUCUCCGCAUCGUGCCCACAUCCGCACAUGCUCAACAGACACAAGCCAAUCUCGGCGCCCCUUCAGCGCCCGGCGUCCACGACACCCUCCGCGCGAACCUCUCCCUCAGCACACCCGCCCCCAAAGCGACCACAAGCUCCUCGGGAAGCAACGCCUCCAACACCCUCAGCCAACCCAUCCAAUCCACACAUCCGCUCGAAUCCCGUCUAGCGCAAUGGCGCCACACGCAAGACAACCUCAAGAUGAGCCUCCUCCGCCGCCAAUUCGGCCUGGCGGAGCCGGUCAAGCGACAGAUGGAGCUGGGCAUCGUCCGCGCGGGGGAGUGGAGGCCGGCGGCCCUGGGCGGAAACAUGGGCGGCGGUGUCCAUGCGGACAUCCUCAGCGGUCGGGACACCGAGAUCGAUUGGGAGGAUGUCUUCGAGGGAGGCGAAUUGAGAGAUGUGAAGGAUUUCCACGCGGAGAUGGAAGGGCGGUUUGGGAUGAACUGGUAG